CUUAGAAAAAUAUCAAAAAGAAAUAAUACAAAUAUUAUAAAUUAUUAAAAUAAUUAAAUAUAAUACUCUUAACGGAUUAAAACCCAAGUUUUGAAAUUUCAAACAUUUUAGUGAACAGUUUUAAAGCUGCUAACAAAUUGGAUAAUACGUUUUUUUCUGAAUUCAUCUGCAACUUUAACUUCAAUACAAUUAAUCAUAAAUCAGAUGGCAAAAAAUUAUGUAGAUCACGUACAAGUACUGGAUAAAACGUAGAAGACCAAAAAAAACAGUUUAAAUUGAAUUAAAAUAAAAAUUUGCUUAAAUGAAAAAAAUAAAAGAAAUUUUUUGAAAAAUUCUACACGUUUCAUGCAAGAAAUUUAAGAAGAAAUCCACAAUAAUAAAACGAAACAAGGUAAAUGUUAAAGAAAAUUUUUCAAAAAAGAUAACAAAAAAAACAUUUAAAAUGUCACUUUAUUAAACGAAGCAUAAAAAGUUUUUAAUAUAAAAUUAACAACAUAAAAAAAUCAAAAUAAAAUUUUCGAAAAAAAAACGUGAAAAUUUUAAAUAAACAUCUUUUUAAAUGUGAAGGCAAAUGGGGAAGAAAAUAAAUAAAAUUUUAUAAAAAAGAAAGAAACAACAAACAUGCGAAAUCAUCAUCAACACAAAGAAACUAAUAUUAACAACAACAACAAUAAUAAUAACACAAACAAUAACUCCAACUCUACUAAUCGUUAUCAAUUUUGCCUACAUCCGGUCAUGUCAACCACUGUCACAGGCCAACACAGUGGUACAACGCCAACAAUUAUGAACAAUCAUACCUCUACAACUGCUGCCAACAACAAUAACAAUAACAACAACACUGUCACAACAAAUACUGUCUCUACCACAAAUAGUGGCAAUAACAACAACAAUAAUAACUCUACAUUGUCCUCAACUAUUAAUAGCAACAUAAAUGACACUUUAAACUCGCCACAAAAACAAAUAACAACAACAAAAAUAUCCACAACUUUAUUUAACACCACAAAAACAACAAAUUUGUUGCCUUCAGCAGCCACAGCAUCAUCAUCGUCGUUGUCAGCAGCCACGAUUCCAACAAUAGCAACAUCAUCAUUGUCAUCAUUGGCAACUACAAUUGCAACAUCAUCUUCCCUAUCAUCGGUUUCAGUAUCAUUGUCGCCAAUAUCACCAUCAUCAUCAUCAGCAUCCACAACCUCAACGGUAGCAAUGUCUCAAACUGUUGCACAACAAUUAACAAAACUUAACAAUAACAGUGAUGAUCAUGUUCAUCAACAUCAUCAUGAGCAAAUAAUUAAUAAUAAUAAUAGUAAUAAUAGCAGUAGUAAUAGUUGUUUAACUGAUUCUAGAAAAUCUUUAAAUUCUACAACAAAAUCAUUUAAGGAAAUUCAUCAUAACAGCAAUAGCAACAACAACAAUAACAUUAUUAAUAAUAACAGCAGCAGCAAUAGCAACAAUUGUAACAAUAAUCAUUUUACAGAAUUAAUGCAACGCAACAAUAAUAAACGUUUAUCACCAACUCAAGAAUCCAGCAACAUGAGUUUUUCCUCUGCCUCGGUGGCAGGUUCAAUACAGGAUGAUAUUGGCGAUCAAUGUGGUUUAACUAAGGCUGGUUUAGAGGAAUACACCAUGAGAUCAAAUUCAUUUUAUGAUAAUCCCGUUUUAUAUCAUCAUCAAAAACAAUCAUCGUAUGCCCAAUCGGAAGGCUAUCACAGUUAUGUCUCCAGUUCGGAUUCAACAUCGGCCACACCAAUGUUAGAUCGAUUACGUCAAGAAAGUGAAUUGCUAUCACGCCAGACAUCAUCAUCAUCUUCGCAUCACUGGUCACAAAAUGAUUUGUCUUCGUUGGCUUCAACAUCAGUGGCAGCAUCACCUACAUCAUUGCUUUCAAGCGGUCGAGAUUUAAGUGAGUUAGGCGGUUGCACGCAAUUGCAACAGCAACAAAAGCAACAGCAAAUACAGCAACAACAACAACACAAUAAUAGCUCUGAGAGUACCUCUUCAACAGAGACUCUUAAAUGGUUGGGUUCUAUGAGUGAUGUUUCCGAAGUCAGUCAUGCUACUGGAUUUUCGGCUAUUUCCGAAUCAGAAUCCACGGCUCAAUUAAUUGUACACAGUUCACGAGUUAUGACACCUAAACGUCAUCAAAGUGAAAGUGUUUUAUAUGCAGCAGAAGAUCAAAACUCACAACAGCAGCUUACACGUUUAACAACUUCGCAAAACUCACCUCAACACAGUCCAUCCAGUCUUCAAGCAAAUACAUCUACUUCUAGCCUUUGUAAUACUUUGCAACCCAGCCAUAGGCAUAGUCCUAGUUAUCCGCCCAUACAUCAAACCUCUCAUACCCUCUAUCGUCAUCAUCACAAUCAUCACAACACAUCGCCCGAGUUAACAAAAUCUGUGACAGAGAAAACUUCUUCACAGACAACACUCUCCAAUUGUGAUGUAUUAGCUCAAAAAUCCAAUAUAUUGGUAACAAUUUCCAAUAGUGAGGCAGUGGUUACCAUUUCGCCACAUCCACCACCGGUGCCAGCACCGAAACCUACAACAAAUCUAAAUGGCUGUAAAGAUAAGGGCUCCAACCAACUCGUUGAGUCACAAUCACAAAACAACAUAUCUCAACGAUCUCAUGGUUUACCCCGUCAAAGCAGUUCCUUGGGCAUGGUGGGACAUAAAUCGGUGUCGGCUUCAAUGGAUUCUUUGUCUGAUAUCAAACAUCCAUAUCGUAACAAUCAUCGUCUGUUUCCGGUAAGCACCUAUACCGAACCGUUGCAAAGCAAUACCUCGCAUUUUGUUCAUCAUCCAAAGCCUCAGUAUAGUACAGGUUUGAAAAAGCCUCCGAAAUCUCAAACGCAACAAACAACGACAUCGUCGAAAACAACAUCAUCAUCUACUUCUUCGUCUACUUCCUCCUCCUCGGCCUCAAGUCCUUCCAUAGCGGGAAGUCAUAGUAAUUUACAUCAACCUAAAUUGGGUUCACCCAAUUAUCCGCAACCUAGUUGGCAAUCGGUAGCUGCCUUAAUAAAUGAUUUUGAAAGAUCUAACAACGAUCAGCAACAACCUCAAAAAUAUACCUAUUUGGAUCCCAAUAAAACACAUCGUGUGCCAAAUCCUGCUUUAAAAGCUUUCCAAAAGAAUGCUGUACAAUCCUACUUUGAGAGACAACAACAACAGCAGCAGCAACAACAACAGCAUCAAAAUCAUGCUCAUUCUUUGGAUAAUCUUUCUCCCAAAUCGUAUCAACAAACUAACCAGAGACCUAGUUCCUUGCAAAAUCCCAGCAAUGAGGGAGUACAAACAGUUCUGCUAAGAAAUUCUCUGCCCAGCAAUUAUAAUACCACCAGUGGUCAAAGACCUUUAUCGGAGGAUAAAAAUACCUAUAGUGUACGCAAUAUAACUAAUAAGCCACCUUCACCGGCACCACCACCACCGCCACCCAGAUCACGUUCUAUGAUGCCCAAUAUAUUAAGAAGAUCCUCCUCAGCUUCUGAUUAUGCAGAGUUAAGAGAUCAGUUUAUUUCGGCUCCACCACCGCCUCAAGAGAAAUUGCAAUCGCAAUCCAUUAAAAAUAUUUCCAACUCAGAGAAAUUCUCUUUUAAUGAUUGUGGCAUGCCUCCACCACCGCCACCACCUAGAGGAAGAUCUUCCAUGCCACCACGUAGAACAUCAUCGGCAGCCGAAUAUGCUGCCAUCAGAGAUAAGGUAUUAUUGCAACAGGCCGCAGCUUUAACACAUCAACAGUUACAUCCUCAUCAGCAUCAAAAUGUGCCACCAGCACCACCACAUCAACACUUGGGUUUAAUGAGCAACAGCUAUCACCACCAUCAUCAUCAACCAUCGCCUUAUCAACAACAAUCACCACAAGCUUAUCAAACUGGUUUGCCCUUAAUGCCGCCACCACCAUCAUCAUUACAAGAUAACUGGGUACCGGAAAGACCACCCAAAAAUCCCAACUUAAGAGUGCCCUCACCAGAAUUGCCACCACCACCCCCAGGCCUGGAAUCGGAAACCAACAUACCCGAUGAACCUUUACCGCCACCACCACCUGAAAUAUUACAACGUCAACCUAUUAUAGAUAACAGUCUGGAUUUGGCACCCAAACCUCCUUCACCCAAUAGACGUAAUAGCUUUGCCGGCGCUUCAUUAAGAAAAACCAAUUACUUUACUCGAUCACCCUCAAAUGAUAGUGUAAAUGUUUCUCCUAAAGGGCCACCACCAUUGAUACCUCGAAAACCAGCCAGUAUUGAAUUAUUACAAGUUACUAGACCUUCGGCCGCCUCUCUCAAUCAACUGAGCAAUACUAAACUACAAACGGAAUUAACCAGAGCCACCAUAAUAUCAUCUUCCACACGGAAAAGACCUCAUAAUUUGGCUAGCACAGCUGGUUCAACUAUACCAGCCAUACAGGAAAAUGUCAGCAUGAUUAGUAAUCACUCUAUAAGACACUCACCAAACGGUCUUAGUUCUCCUUUGCAUUCGCAAAAUUUACAAUCUUCAACACCUCCACCACCACCACUAAUGCCAAGAAUGCCAAAUGUUGCGCAGCCAACAAUAAUGCAGCAACAGCAAAACAUAUGCAGCAGCAGCAACAGCAGCAGUAACGUCAACUCCAAUACAACUAAUCAGAAAUCAAGAUGUAAUUCCAAAGCAUCAUAUUUACCACGACAGAGUCUGGAGAAACAGAACAAUUCAGAUCCCGAUCAUGGCAGCUAUAAAAUGACACUACAUUCAAAUGAAGACCUAGUUACAACCAGCAAGUCUUCAACAUAUGAUAUUUUGGCACAAACACCUAAAUUACCAAAUAAUUUGCCAGAUGUUUUGCCAUUGGGUGCAAAAUUACAGCCCAACUCUAAUACAAGCCUAAACUCAACACCCUCGCUACGUUAUGGUUCCAAUAAUAAUAUCUCAACGAACUCACCCACAUCACAGCAAUCAUACACACCAUAUGGUCAGCAACAAACACAGCAGCAACGUUAUUCAACACCGGUACUUAACACUUUCAAUUUGUCCACAAACUUUACACGAUCUCAAUCAUUUGAUACCAAUGUUCACAAUACUAUGACUCAAAGUCCCAACAAGUAUAUGACCCAGUCUUCUUUAGAUCUUAAGAAACCCAUUAAUAAUUUGGAAACAACACUAGAAGAACCAUUAAAUUUAAUUGAAAAUUCUACAUUGAUAAAGGAUCAUAAUAAUUCUUCAGUUUCAUCGUUAAGUUCAUUAUCGGAAAGUUGUAAUAGUCAUGAGGAAAGACUUAAUACGAGUAGUGUGUGUAGUGCCAAUACUACUGGUGGUGAAACCACAAAUAGUAAUUCUAUAUUUAGAGCCGAAUUAGUGAAUACUACAUUUGCCAAUAAUAAUAGUAGUAAUAAUGCUAAGAAAUCGGUUACCAGACAAGAAUCUUUAAGAGAAAAUAUUGAAAAGAUAACACAAUUGCAAUCUCAGUUAAUGUCGGCCCAUAUAACAGACAAUAGUAACUUUAUGGGUAAUUAUGCCUCACAAAUGUCACCACAAAGUAAGAGUUUACAGGCCAAUGUGAUUGAUAUACCAAAAAGUCUAGAGACAGAGAAAAUCGAUGAAGAAAAACCUUGUUCAGACAAUGAGAUAGAAUGUGUACCUCAAGCUCCCCCAACACCUCCCCCCGUAGUGGAAGAAUUAAUUAAAAAGUCCAGCAGCAGUAAUACAAAUACCUGCAAUUUAAAAUCACCAAAGAUUUUAGAAGAAGAACAACAAACUAAUGAAACUAAUAGUAUAAUCUCACAAUUAGACGCGAGUACCGAUAGUUUGAAACUGGUACAACGUAGUGAAAUCAUUUUACGGGUAAAUGCCAGUACCGUGGAAACUGCCUCUCAAACGGAUGAUAUAACAGACUGUGAAUUAAAGAGUUUAGCGGAGAUUAACAAUACCAAGGAAAUGGAUACACCAACACGCACAACAUUACAACCUCGCCAAAGGCUGGCCAUAGAAGAUGAUUGUGAAAAAAUGUCCAAGGAAUUGGCAAAUAUGUUGCCGGCCAAUGAUGCUCUUAUAAAUAUACUAUGUCCGCCCGGCACAAAAACAGUAUCGGAUUAUGUUACAAAACUCUAUAAUCCCAAUGUACCUUUAAGACCCAGCAAACGUGAUGUGGGCACUUCUACACUAACCAGAAAUAGUAGUAAUAAAAAUAAUAAGGAGGAACAGGAAAAGAUAACGGUGGAAUUAAAACUAAGUGAAGUAGAACAAACGCCAGAAAAUUGUGAUAUUUUAAAGAAUAAAAUGGAUGACUUAAUUAAACAUUUAAAUAAUAAAGUACGCAUCUUAACUAAGGAACAGACAUGCAUAGAUGAAGAAUCUGCCAUCAAUGAUGAGCUGGGUAAUUGUUUAUUGAAUAAACUAAGCGAUAAGAUUAGACCGAUAGAAGCCUCUAAAUGUCGUACUUAUAUUUCGGAUAUUGGCCAUAUAACCGGUUUGCUGUUAUCGCUGUCAGAACGUCUUGCCAGAGCAGAGAAUAAUUUAACAACAAUCGAUGAAAAUAACUCAGAAAAGAAAUCUCUUGAAAAUAAACGUGAUCGUUUAGUCGAACAAUUAACUGAAGCCAAACGCUUAAAGGAAGAUAUCGAUCGUCGUGGCAUUAGUGUGGUCAGUUUAUUGGAAAAGAAUCUAAAUGCAGAUGAAUUUGCUGACUUUGAAUAUUUUAUUAAUAUGAAAGCAAAACUAAUAACCGAUGCACGUGAUAUUGCCGAUAAAAUCAAAAUGGGAGAAGAAAUUAUAAAUGCUCUCAGUGAUAAUUUAAUACAAAGUGAUUGUUGAAAUCAAAUAGAGAUGAGGAAGAAGAAAAUUAAAAAUAAACAAGUGUGAUACAACAUACGAAAAUAAUUAAAUUUAAUAUAUAAAAAAAGAAAGAGUUAGUUUUUAACCUUUAAAAAAAUAAAUAUCUCUAAAAUAAUUUCCUUACUUUCAUGAACAAAGUUGAGAGUAUCAAGAGAGAUUAAUAAAGAGACAAGCAGGUUAAAAAAAAAAAAAAACUUUAGAGGAAGAACAAACAAUAAAAACGCACAGAUUUUUGUUAAUUUUUUUAACUUACUUAUUAAUUUUACUUUGUAAAAUAUUGGUGCUUUUUCUUUAGUUUAUAUUCCUUCAAAAACAAGAAACAAAACUAAACAAAGCACUUGUGUCUUAAUGAAAAAAAAAAACAAACAAAAAUGUCCUAUUUUGAGUCCUAUUUGAAAACCAAACUUAGUUUUCUUUUCUUAAAACUUAAAAUUUAUUCAAAUAAAAAAAAAAACAAAA